AGACUGACAGUAAGUUGCGCUGCUACAGGUUUCCAAGAAGCUCCUGGUGAAGCUAUUGAUCAUCUAGUGUGUCUCCCAGCUGCCAGCCUUGACUAGAAAUAAAAGAAAACGAGUCAGUUUUUCUACAUACUCAAAGACUAUCCAAUGGGGCAAAGAUUCUGCCAGUGGAAUCAGGGGCUCUGCAUGGCACUUGUAGCCUGCCUCGUCCUGUGCCUCAUUCCAGGAGAAGCCAUAAUAUGCAGAAAGUGCCGUGCAAAGAAUGAUCAAAAAUGCCGUUCUCGUAAAAGGACUUGUGAAGAAACUCGUGAUAAUGCAGUGUGCAUGGUGGGGAGGAAGUACACAGAUAAUCAGUUGACAGAAACAUUUAUGAAGUGUACCGUAGAUGGUCUGCAAUGUGGAGUCGAAAUGGACAUUCCGGAAGACAAAUUUAGACUAGAACUCGACUGCUGUUCAGAAGGAGAUUUUUGCAGUGAUGACUUGGAAAGGUCCAGCCAGUCAUGAGAAAUUGUGUCCCUGACCUACACUGAAAGCCUACUCCUUCCUUUCAAGGGUACAACAGAUCGAAUGCUGGCUCAACAAUUAUUCUGACCCUCCCUCAGGAUUCUGGUGAUGGUUCACAACACUCAUUUGCUCCGGAUUCAAAUGCCUGAUAUGCAGAUGUUGAUUCAUGUAGUGCAGUCAUAGAACAUAUCACUUAGAAACAUUCCCUUAAAAACAAGAAAACUAAGGCCAUUCCCUGACAGUUCAUCAUGCCUCAGUUAGUUCUAGAACAAGGCUUAGAAGCUGCAAAACAUGAUGGUUUAUUUGCUGUGCACUAUUAAAUUUGUUCCAAGACAUUCCUCAAUCUGGUAGUCUUAUUAGUGGAUCAUGCAAUAAUCAUCUAAAUUUGUGUGUAACCCAACAUAAUCCUGGCUAUAAAUAUCCCUCUCCUAAAUUAUUUUUUUCCAGUUGGGGAAUUGGGGAUUCAGGUCAAUAAAGGACAGUCAAUAAAGCAA